AUGCUCGUUGAUCUCAACGACGAUACGUUGAUGCUCGUGAACCUCCCUGACGAUAUGUUGAGAGCGAUCGCGAAGCAGCUGGCCGAGUCUGACCUCGCGUCCGCGGUCGCCCUCAAACGAUGCAGCAGCCGCUUCAAGGACCUCGCCACCCCGCUGGUGGCAAACGCCAUGGAAAGGACGGAGGAGAAGUGGCGGGAUGCGGCAGCCGAAAUCGGCGGCCGAGGCGCUGCAACGAUCACAGGCGGGCUCGAGCGCAGCGAGGUGCUCACCGACCUCAACCUCGGCAACAACCAGAUCCGCAGCGAGGGCGCCGCUGCGAUCGCCGAGGCGCUGCGCAGCAACGCGGUAUUGACCGAGUUGUGUCUCGGCGGGAACGAGAUCGGCGACGAGGGCGCCGCUGCGCUGGCCUCCGCUCUGCGCGUCAACGACCGCGGCUCGUGUGCGUCUACCCGUCUUUGUCCGGAGUGA